GCUUUACAACCUGGUCAGAUAACCAAUGGCUGCACCGCUUGUUGCCUUGUUGGAACAUGGCGGCCCCCAUAACACGUAGCAGAAGCGGUUUCUGCUACGAAUAGCCUCUGAUCGCAGUUUCGUUUUUACUAUGGUGGGGAGUUUGUGAUGCAAAUGAAACAUGUCAAACGACGCAGGCAGAAAGCAGUUCUGGAGGAGGAAUGUUUCCAGAGUGCCGGGGAGUAUUCAACAUGUAUAUGGUGCUCAACACCCUCCUUUUGAUCCACAGCUUCAUGGCACCUUGACCAAAUCUGUUCUAAAGCAUCCCACAACACCUGUAAAGUUGAAAAAAACCACCACCUUCCAAGAAUUUGAAAGUAACACAAGCGAUGCCUGGGAUGUUGGAGAGGAUGAUGAUGAGUUAUUGGCAAUGGCUGCUGAAAAUUUAAAUUCAAAUGUAGUGAUGGAAACAGCAAAACAAGUCAUCCAGAAUCACACAAAGUUACAGGAACAGAGCAAACAUCAAGCUUCACAGCAGGAAGAGGAAUCUUUUGUUCUUGAUGAAACACAGUCUCUAAGCAGCCAUGAAAAUAAGAUUGGUAAAUCGGCCAGCGAAAGUUCAAUUCCAAAGAUAUCUGGGGAGAAACAUACUCUACAGAGACAGCAGUCUGUCCCUCAGCAGACAUCUAUACCAGUCAUGCUUAAGAUGGCAGACCAAGCGAUUUCAUGUGGCUCUGAGCUCAAUGAAAGAGAAGCAUUUCGGGUAGAGAAAUUUAAACAGCUGCUUGCUGGCCCAAAUACUGACCUUGAUGAAUUGCGGAAGUUGAGUUGGUCUGGUGUUCCGAAAUCUGUCAGAUCCAUAACGUGGAAGCUUCUCACAGGUUAUCUUCCAGCAAAUGUGGAGAGAAGGGAAAGCACAUUAAAAAGGAAGCAAAAAGAAUAUUUUGCCUUUAUCGAACAGUACUACAGUUCCAGGAAUGAUGACACCAAUCAGAGUACAUACAGACAGAUUCAUAUAGAUGUUCCCCGAAUGAGCCCAGAGAGCUUAAUACUUCAGCCAGUAGUUACUGAGGUUUUUGAAAGAAUUUUAUUUAUAUGGGCCAUUCGACAUCCAGCCAGUGGAUAUGUUCAGGGUAUUAAUGACCUUGUCACUCCUUUCUUUGUGGUCUUUCUUAGUGACUACAUAGAUGAAGAAGUAGAAGUGGAAAAUGCUGAUGUUUCCAGUCUGCCUGAGGAGGUGCUGCGGAACAUUGAAGCUGACAGUUACUGGUGCAUGAGCAAGUUGCUUGAUGGCAUUCAGGACAACUAUACGUUUGCACAGCCAGGAAUACAAAGAAAAGUAAAAAUGUUGGAAGAGCUGGUCAGCCGCAUUGAUGAUCAAGUACACAGUCACUUACAGCAGUAUGAGGUUGAAUAUCUACAAUUUGCUUUCCGUUGGAUGAACAAUCUUCUGAUGAGAGAACUACCCCUCCGGUGCACCAUCAGGCUAUGGGACACAUAUCAGUCUGAGCCCGAAGGCUUUUCCCACUUCCAUUUAUAUGUUUGUGCUGCCUUUCUUGUAAGAUGGAGGAAAGACAUUUUGGAAGAAAAGGAUUUUCAUGGGUUAUUGAUCUUUUUACAGAAUCUGCCAACUGAACAUUGGAAGGAUGAAGACAUGAGUGUUCUUUUAGCUGAAGCCUACAGACUCAAGUUUGCCUUUGCCGAUGCACCAAAUCACUACAAGAAAUAACACUUGCUACAUGGAGACUCAAUCUCUUAAUCUUGUUCUUUAUUCUUUUAUAUAAGCAUUUAUAUUAGCUUAAAGGGAAAGUAUAACCAAACUAAUUCUGGGUUUUAAGCAAACAAAUGAUUUCCCACAUUCAUGGUUGUUAUCAGUUUCUUGUUUUUAUGAAUAAAAUUAAUAUGAUUUGCCCUCAGUAGGUAUUUGAAACAUGUAAUCCCAGAACCCACAAUCCUUACUUGUACUGGGCAUUUCCAAGUGUUUCAAAUUGAAUUCUUGCUUUAACCCUGCAUAUAUAGUGAGUCUGAGGCACUGGCUCUAAAGUACUAUAGUGCCAACACCAUAGAUUAUAGGUGGCAAUGUCAUAAAACUACACACAUCCAAAGGGUUUCAGAAGAAAACAUGACUAAAAAAAAUGAUUGUCUUGUACUUAAGACCCAUUCUCCCUCUUCUGUUUCUUUAUAUCCAUGCCUACAUUAUUUAUUUGGCAAUCUAUUUUUUUUAAUUGAAUGCAAAAGUUGAAUGACUUAAGUCAGCUUUUAUAUGUUUACAUAUUAAACAUGAGGGAGGUUAUCAUACUCCCCCUCCAACAAGAAAACUUAAAAGGGUCAAUAUAAUCUCACUUCCUCUAAGUAGUAGUCUAUCGGUUUAGAAUAAAACGCAAGCAGAAUAAUGAAAGCAUCCAUUCAUUAUGCACAUAGGGGCAGUUUUAUCAAAGUGUGAAAUUAGAGCUCACACAACUCUCUGUUCAUUCCUAUGGGAUUUUUGGAAUGUUUAGGUUUUUGUAGAAGCAUAUUUAUCAGAUUGUGAACUCUAACUUUGGGCCAUUGACAAGUAUACCUCAAAAAAUCAAAUAGAAAUGAGUAUAAAGUGGGUGAGGUUUUUUUUUUUUUUUUUGCAGAAUCUUUAAUUUUACCCAUUGAUAAAUCUGCCUCAUAGAUUUGAAUACAUUUAAAAACAUGCCUAAAUUUGUGAAUAUGUAGAAACCCAGGGUCAUCAAACAAUAUUUAUCUGUUUCCCCCUGUUCUAGAACUAGUAGCUGUUAGUAAUCGUUAUCACUUUAUUGCUGGCAGGCACUGCAUAGGCUUAUGUUAAAUAUAUAUACACACCUGUACUGUACAUUAAAUGGUGAGCAAGGAUUUCUGUGCCUCCAAAGAAAAAUACUAUGGUGAUGGUGGAAAAGUCAUAUCAACCUGCUUCUUGCACUUAAAACUAUAGAUGGUGUUAUUAAAUUACAAUUUAGAUUUUUUAAUAGAAGUUUAUUAAAUGUAAUUUUGCCUUCACUACAAUUAUUUGCCUUGCCUUAUUGCUUAACUGUACUUUACAGAUAAUACAUUUGUAGAUUUAAACCACAAAAGCCAUUUUCUUGCUCAGUAUAAUGGCACCAGUUGUUUUGCAAAAAUGCUAAGCAUUAAGAUAGUACAUAAUAUGGUAAACAUUGUUAUGGAAAAUCUGUAACUGUAAUGAUGAGUCAAACCUGAUUUCUGCAAACUAAAAGUGAUCUAUCAUCCAACACAUUUAAAUAAUCUUUGUAAAGAGGACAUAAUAGGCUUAAAUGACAGCUUAUUUAUCAACUUUAGAAUAUGGUUUACUAUAUUGACUAUGCUCUGCUGUUUAUGCACAGCCUGACGGCAGGUGGCAUUUAAACAUUUUAUAGAUUUGAUAUUCAUUUUGUACACACAACAGUGGAAUUUUUUAAAAAACGUUUUCUUUAUUCACUGCUGGGAUUUUGAUGGCCAAUAUUUGAUAUAAGAAAGAUGAAUUCGAACCCUUCAGUAAGACAAAUAGAAAAUGUCAUACAUACAUACACAGUUCUUGAGUACUGGGUACAAAGGAGGUUUGCAAUGCGGGGAGAAAAACAGAGGGAGAUAAUAAGUAUAUGCAAUUGUCAUUGUUGGGAAGCUUUUAAGUUGGCAAAGCUGCUUCAAAAGUCUAGAGACAUACUGAGAGACAUCUACUUAUGAUUAAAAAAAAAAAACUAUAAUUUUUCAUAGGAUUCCAAUGUAAUUUCAUCUGAUAAAGGUUGGUUUAAAUUCUGUACGUAAAAUUGCAUCAGUGUCAAAAAGGCCUUUACUUUAUUCCCAUGCCCCUCCACUGUGUAAAUUCUCCAGGGAACACAAAAUAUAGCAUGUGUUCCAGUACCACAAAGAGAGCCCUGUACUUCAUACCUGACCAUUGGUUAGUGUAAAGUACCAGGUUCUAUUGUGCCUUUGUAUGUUCUGUAUCAUGCCUUGCCUGGCAUAAGAUGCAAGUAAACCUAGGAGCAAUAAAUUAGUAUAUGCCAUUUUGACUUUUAACAUAUCUGUGCUAUUCCUCAUAUAUCAGUCUUACUGUAUAAUUUGAAGUAACCAGAUAUGCUUCUCAGUAUAUUAAUUUCCAUAAUCAAUUGACCCAUCAUGCUUAUUUGUUGUAGGAUCAUGGAAUGGAAUCCCUGUAGCUUUAAUCAGGGAUUCCAAUGAGCACCAUUACAUUCCAGGAAAGAUGUACUGCAGUUCUGCAUGCUCCUCACAAAACAUGAUUGUGAAAUGUAAUUUUUACAAAAUAAAUUCAAUGCAAUAGGCAUACAAAACACGUCUUGAUAAAUACAACAGUUAAUACCACUUUACAGUUGUCAGAACUGGCAAAGCUGUAAAUCAUGCCAAGAGUCAUGAUACCUUCUACUUACAAAAAAAUCAUUACACGAAAUAUAAUAAAUAUAAUAUUAUAUUUUACACCCACCCCGAAUUGCGCAUGUGCACCAAAGCAGACGUGAGGGGGGUGAAAGUGCAGGGGAGAGGUUGCCUAGGGCACCCUGUCAAUUUGGCCGCCCCUGGAUUGCUUUGAACAGUCAAACAACGUCUGUCUAUAGAGUGUACCCUGUGCUGCUCAGCAGUAGUGUCUCCAUGACACCCCCAUGAGUUUUGUAUACAGGGAGAAAGCAUUAGGACAAUUAUUUUCUAUGCUGCAACAAUAAGGGGGAGAUAUUAAUGACAUUUUUUUUUCACUCAGAUUCUAUUGUGCUAAAACUUGUGGUUUUAAAAAGUGAAAGUUGUCCUAGGCAAAGUAAAGCCAAGUUUGUAAACAUUUGAGGUUUUUUAUUUGAAUGGGUUUUCCAUAUUAAGAAAUAACCAAGCAUUUAGCUCGAAAGGCUAAAUUGCAUUGCCAUUAGAAGGAAAAAAAAAUGAUUGUUUUGAGGUUACCUACUCACUAGUUGGAUGCAUGAUUCAGAAUAAAUCAUAUUAUAUAUAUAUAAACACAAUUUGCAUUACAGUUUUGGGUAAGCUUCAAAUUUCGAGCAAGGCUCUAUAUAUUUUCUAGGGCUACAAUGCACUUCCAUUUACAAAUCCUAAUUAUACCAUCAUUAUAAGUUUAUUAACAAGGCAGAUAUAUGCACACUCAUCAUCAUGUCCCUUUUCCCAGUUGUGCUAACUGUCAUCAACCAUAGCUUCUCCCUGCCAAUCACACUACAAAAUUGCACAUUGUGGGACAUUUCAUAAUAAUACAAAUAGGUAGGGCGAACAAAAAUGGGAUUAGAAAAAACUAUAAAUAGAACAUGUACAAAAUGAAAAUAUAUAACAACAAGUCCUUAAAACUUCAGUAAUAUACCCCAUUAUAUAGUACUAUACUAAUAGAUGCAAUUAAAGAAACGUAGCCAAAGAUAGGGGAAAAAAUACACUACAAGCUACACUCAUUAAAAACAUCGCCAGUGGGAUGGUAUUUCGGGGAGAUUAGUCGCCCGCGAACAGGGAGAUUUGUUACGGGCGACUAAUCUCCCCGUGUGCCAGAUCCCUAAAGCUUGUCCUAAAAUAGGCUUGUCUGAAGCAAAUGGCAAUAUUGGUGCUUACGUUGCAUUGCUGCAUGAUUGUACCCUGUAUAAAAACUCUUUCAAGAUAAUCUAUUUUAUAAAACCUCCCUUUUUCUCGCAUGUUGCACCCAGUCCUUUUUAUAUUAUUUCUCCAAAAAAGUACAUGGAAGAAAACACAUACAUAUUUGGGCCACAUGUUUUAAUCUGUUAAUUACCAAACAAGGACAAAGAAUAUAGUCUGUAUCCCCUAAUGUACUUUUUAUAGCUAUUAUUUUAUGCUAGACUAGAAUUGGAAUGUUCUACAACAAACCUAUAUAAACAGACAUGCAUGAGGUAAAAGUACGUUCCCUGUACUAUAAUUAAAAUAUUCCCAUUGACUGGAAUGUGGAUUUGUAUGUGAAAGUGGCUUUUGCUUAUCAUUAAGCACAGCAUAUAACCAUAAUAUAAUGCAGCACAUGCUCUAUGUGACACUUUCAUUUUAUCCUAAAUAUUGUUAAAUAGUAAAUGCCAUGAUAGGUUGCCAGUUUCUCCAUUGCAUUAUACCUUAAUGUUAAGGGAAUUAAAAAAUGCUGGUUGCUGGGCUACACUGGUUGUAUUUCAACUAAAUGCAAUCACUGAAGACAUUCCAGCUGGAUUUUAUACACGUGUUCCCUAUUUUUCAUGUGAUCCGGUAACCUUACAGUGCCAGGAUAAAGUGCUAUUAGUCUCAGAAAUGGAUUCUAGCAGUUGGCAGUGAAUGCUAAGUGAGGAUGAAACAAGUGGCCUUGAUCUUUAACUUAGAAGCAAAUUCCAUGAAUUGCUACUUACUGGCGGCUUAUGGAGGUUCAUGCCAAAAGGUACAAGUCUAGUUUUUUUAGAGCACCAAUUUCCUGACACCCAGGCACAUCCCCCCAGAGUUAAUUAAAUUGGCUCCCAAAUGAGUGUAAUAGUCUUUCUUCCAAUAAAAUGAUUUGAAUUGUUGAACUGCAUUACUCAUCACUUUUGGGGGACUUAUUUUCAUCUUUACAUGAUGCUUGGUGAAAAAUAAUGAAAGGAAUUUAAUCCUAAAUGUGUAGCUGUCAGCAGAUAUAACGUUUACGUCUUAUUAAAGGAGAAAAUAUAAACAGCAUCAUUAAGUACCUCCUUUUAACAAAACCAAUUCAGUUUGUACUCAGGAUGCAGCAGUGAAGAAAAUAAAAAUACAUAUCCUUUGCUUAAAUUUUUCCUUACUAUAUUUUGUAUAGGAGACAUUUUUAUAAGAAUCAUAAGUAUAAUAAAAAAAAAGGCUACACUAAUUUUAAACUCAAGCCUAAAUUACAUUACCACCAUUUUGGCUUUAUUUAUUUAUAUCAUUAUUUAAAUGUGUGGGUAAUCUAAAAUUAGAUAGCAGGGUUGUUUUAUAUUCUGCAAUAUGUAAAGAGCAAUUAUGUACAGUAUAUAAAUAUAUUCUGUAACUUUUGGGAUACGUAAUAAAAUCAGAAGUGUAUCAUUUAAGAGCUAUUUUAUACUUAUCUGAACUUUGUAUUAUAUAAUAUUUUAUUAGUGAUAUGACAAAGCAAUGCUUAUGGGGCCGCAGUUCUGUAAAGUACUGUAAAGCAAUGCAUAAUGUGUUUUAUAGUGACAUGCUCAUGGAGAUUCAGUAACUUGGUACAUUCUUUGUAAAUGUAAAACAAACUGUUUAACUUGAAGCCACAACCAAACUGAGCUGGUGGUUAAUGCUAAAUUAACUUACUGAACUAUAUAUAUACAUAAUAAAUAUUUCAUAAAUUCAAA